AUGGCAAGCUUAGACAAGGAAACGGCAGCACCUGAUCACCUGAAAUCAAAUGAGCUGGCGAGCCUACAUUUUCUCAUGGCUAACUUGGCAAACACUCAGCUUACCAUGAAAAGGGAGUUCGAGGAGAGUAUGAAUUCGUUGAGGGUAGGGAUGAAUUCGUUGAGAGACUUAUUGUUAUCGAGAUUGGGUGAUAACGUCGAGAAUGUCAAGAAGGAGAGGAAAGAUGAUGUUGUUGAAGUAGUCAACAUUAGCAGCGACAGCUCCUUCUCGCUGUCAGCAAGGAGUAAGCCAAAGAUGACAAGCACUGCCACCAAGAGAAAGGGAAAGGUUGUUUUGAAGUCUCCGGUUAGGGUACGGAGUCCUAUUUUGACCCGACAAGAUACCGAGAGGAGAGGUUCCGCAAAACAAGUGAUCGGACCCUUCACCAGUACACAACAUGUAUCAAAAAGGGAUAAGCUUCUAAUCAGGCAUGCAUUCGAUCAGUCAAAGGAUGCAAGUGAGGUGUUGGUCAAAUCUCCAUGGUUUCAUUUAAACCGUGCAGAGUUUAAGUUGCUAUUACCUGAAACAUGGUUGUCUACCCAGAUAAUGACUAUGUGCACAGACUUGUUAACCUUAGAGGACUUUUGUGAGAAGAGACGUGUGCAUUGGUUCUUACCGCCAGCAUUUGGUGUAAGGAAGGCUGGAGGUCGCGUGUUUGCUUACUCAGAGGAGACCCUAAAAACAAUGUACAGUGCAGAAGAAUUCAGUGACUGUGAGAAGAUUUUUGCCCCUGUGCUGGUGGACAAACACUUCUUCCUAAGUGUGUUUGACCUUAAUCAAAAGGUCAUUCAAAUAUGGGAUUCAUUUCCGAACUUCCUGGAUUCCAUUAUGAUGGAAGAAAAAGUGAAACAAAUCGCCAAUGAACUGGACUCGCUAUUUUAUGUGGAGAUCAUUAGAAGAUAUGCAUGUGACAUGCUCGUCUCUUUCACUGUUGAGAUUGUGGUUAAUGCUCCCAGGAAACAGAAUGGGUUUGAUUGUGGACUGUUUGUGCUAAAAUUGAUGAGAAGCGGUGGCAAUUUAGAUGAUUGUUUGCGGGGAAUGAGAAAAAGGUUUGACAGCGAGGAGGAGAGGAUUGAACUAGCCCUUUUUAUGCUGAAUAACAAAGACAAUGAGGUUGGAGAUCAAAUUUACCGGGAAUUAGUUGGGCAAAGUCAAAGUGGUUGA